AUAUUCAUUCUGAACGCUCACAUCGUUCAGAUCGGUUCAGUUUUUCAAAAACUGUCGGCGGUUCUAAACGCAAUUGUUGGUCAAAUUGAAAAAUAUAAAAAAGACGAAAUAUAUUUCGGCGCGUAUUUGUCUAGAAGUGUUUGAUACUAGAAAAAAUAAUAAAAUCUCAAGUGUUACGAUUAAAAUAAUAUAAAAAGAAUCUUUUGCUAUUUUCAAUGUAAAAAAAUAUUUGAAUUUUCUUUAAAAUAAAAAUUUAUGUAGAUCCGUUAUUGAAAAUUUUUUGAAAACUUAAUUUCCAUACGUCCUCAACUCAACUCUGUACCCAGAAGAAAGAAUAAAAACUGCUGUACUGGAUUUAAAGGAUUAAAAACAAACUUCAAAACUCUUCUUUAUUCCUAUUCUCCACGAAAAAAGAGAGUUUUAUUUGUUUUCCUCGCCCAAAAAAAUCAAAAAAUUUCCUUGUAAAAAACAACCAAUGAUUACAAGUGAAAAGCACAAAAAGUACAAUAAUAAGUGCAACAACAACAAUAAUAAUAAAAAUACAAUAAACACUAAAAAUAGUGCAACAAAAAUACAACAGAAUAUUAAAUUUUAUAUAGUAAAAAAUAAUAAACAAUUUCUAUUGCAAUUUUACUAUUUAAAUUCGAAAAUCAAAGGUGAAAAUUAUAAAUUUAAACGUUUAAAUCACAAACCAACAUUGUUGAGAUUGUCAACACUGAAAAUAGAAGAUAAAAAACCAUUAUAACAGCAGCAGCAGAAGAAGAAACAGCGGUAAUAAAAAGCAACAACAACAAUUAUCACACUAAUUGAAGAGAGUGUGAUUAAAAAGGCAACAACAAGCAACAUAAGACAUUAUUGUCAUUAACAACCUCAACUGCAACAACACAGAAACAAAAACAACAACAACAUUUGUAUAUUUUUGCUGUUUGGCGUUUUUUCUUUUCGUUGAUUGCAUUUUUUUCUGGUGUGAUUUGGACGCUUGGUGUUUAAGAAGUCGUGUUUAUAUACAUAUUUUAGUGUUUUAGAAACUGGAUUUUUAAUUCAAUGUACUCAAUGGUUGAUUGUUACGCAGAUAUGGGACAAAUCGGUCAAGAAUGUUCGGUUCGUGAAUACAAUAUGGAUGAUCUCGAAUUAGAUCAAGUAACGCAGGUGAUCGGUUAUCAUCCACGUUUUUUGGAUCAUUUUUUAAGAACUCAAAAUUUUAUUAUGAAUGGCGAUGGUCCUUUGCCAUAUGAUUAUCGUUAUUAUUUGGCCAUAAUUGCUGCAGCCCGCCAUCAAUGUCCCUAUUUGGUGAAAAUGUAUGAAAAAGAAUUUAUAAAUCAAGGUGGUAAUCCAGAAUGGUUAAAUGGUCUCGAUUUUAUACCGCCCAAAUUACGUGCCAUAUAUGAAAUCAAUAAAAUUUUAGCCCAUCGUCCGUGGCUGUUGCGUAAGGAACAUAUAGAGAGUCUUACGAGAGGCAAAAACAGUUGGUCUCUAUCGGAAGUUGUACAUGCCAUGGUACUUUUAUCGCAUUUUCAUUCUUUAUCAUCAUUUGUGUUCUCCUGCGGUUUGACACAAAAACUUGAUGGUUUAUCUAGUCCCAAAUUGAAAACACCACCCGCAACAUUAACAGCCCCACAAACACCCACUGGCACAGCAGCAAUGCAACAACAGCAGCCAUUUGUGGCUGUGGAAAAUUUAUCAGCACAGCAGCCACUGCAACAGCAACAACAACAACCACAAAAGACUGUAUUAAGUGAAAUAACAUUAAACAAUAACAACAACAAUAAUUCAACGGAUCAUCAUAAUCAUCAAGUGUAUUGCAAUAAUAAUGCUGCAGUAGCUGCCGCUGCAGCUACUGUAUCGCACAGUAGUGGAGGUGGUGCUGUUGGCAUGCCUCUUACAGGUGAUGCAGCAGCAGCAAAUGCUGUCAAUGGUGUAAAUAAAUUAAAUGCUCAACCCAGUGUUACCGUUGAAGCUUUAAUGGAACGCAUGAAAGUUCUUUCAAAACAAGACGAAUGCAGUGAAGCCGAACUUAGUAAUCGUUUUAAAAAUGUUGAAAUGCAAACAGCUGAAUUGCCUGCCGCAUCCACUGUUGCACCCGCGGAAAUACCACCAGUUAUUUCUCACUAUAUAGAAGAUCCCAAUUUUACGUAUCAAGACUUCGCUCGACGUGGUGCUGAAAAUAUACCAAAUACAUUUCGUAUACAAGACUAUUCGUGGGAUGAUCAUGGUUAUUCUUUAGUUAAUGGUUUAUAUGAAGAUGUUGGCACUUUAUUGGAUCAGAAAUUCCGUUGUGCUUAUAAUUUGACAUAUUUCACGAUGGCUGGUGUUAAAAAUGUUGAUACAUCUAAGUUUCGUCGUGCCAUUUGGAAUUAUAUUCAAUGUAUUUAUGGUAUACGUCAUGAUGAUUACGAUUAUGGUGAAGUUAAUCAGUUAUUGGAUCGCUCUUUAAAGAUGUUCAUAAAAACUGCCUGUUGUUUUCCGGAAAGAAUUACCACUAAAGAUUAUGACAACAUGGUUGAACUGCAGGACAGUGAAAAGGUACACGUCAAUUUAAUGGUAAUGGAAGCUCGAAAUCAAGCUGAAUUAUUAUAUGCUUUACGCGAAAUUAUGCGUUAUAGGACAUGAUCUCAUUAAAUACAAAAAAAAGAAGAAAAAUAAAUUUCAAAUAAUUUUUUGUAAAACUUUUAAAAACAAGAAAUAAAAAAAAAAA